AUUUUGUAAUGACGUUUUGAGAGAGAGAGAGAGAGAGAGCGAGAGCAGUGAGAGACUGAGGGUUUUGGAUUUCUGUUUGGCUGAUCGGAAAAUCUCUAGCCGCAAAGAAAGUUUUAUUUUUUCUGGGAAUUUUUUUUCUCCGAUUAUAUUUUUUAGGAGAGAGAAAGGGGAGAGAGGGAUGGGGAGCGAGACGAAGAAUGGAGUGGGGGUAGCGGCGGCGCAGUUUCCGCCGACGACGAGGAAGAUUAUACAGAGCCUGAAGGAGAUUGUUAACUGUCCGGAGCCUGAGAUCUACUCGGUUCUUAAAGAGUGCAAUAUGGACCCGAGCGACGCGGUUCAGCGCCUGCUCUCUUUAGAUACUUUUCAUGAAGUCAGGAGCAAACGUGAAAGAAGGAAAGAGAUAAAGGAGACACAGGACACCAAGUCGCGAGUUCACAAUGCAGGUUCAAAUUGUGGUGCUAGAGGUAUUAGCGAGCGUACUGGUGGAUGGUGUGGAUCAACUCAAACUAGUUCCAAUGAGCUUGGUAAAGCAGCAUAUAAGGGACAGAAUGGGUUUGUUGCUCCUUCACCUCAUACUUCAGCUUCUCACUUUACAGGAGGAACCACAAGCCAGCAACCUUCAUCUCAGCAUGAAUCUUUUAGUACUUCCAUAAGGCCAGGUGAUGCAGUCUCUGCAUCUCUACAACCUUCUGCGGGAAAUCAAUCUACUUAUGGAACCAGCUUGGGGAAUCUUUCACUGGCCGACAUUGUUAAGAUGGGUAGAAAACCUAGCAUGGGCUCACAUAUUUCAUCUGAUACAUCUUCACAUCAGGAUGCAUUUUCAACAUAUUCAUGUAAUAGCCACGUGGAAUCUUCCCAAACAAAGAUGCACCAAUAUAUGCAUUCUCAUAAUCCUCGUGUGUCAGAGAUGUUACAUAAAACUGGCGAUAGUGCUGGACAGAAUGAUUUCCAUGAUGAAUGGCAUGUGAUUGAGCAGCCAACAGCUGCAAAUAGGUCAUCAGCUUUAAAUGCAAAUCAAUCUAAGUUUUAUAUCAAUGAAUCCAACGUGCCAAGGGAUUACCAGUCACAUAAGGUCCAAGAAUCAGAGGGGAAUAUUAGUAGCGAAAGUGUUAGCUCAGAUUGCAAUGCUUAUGCUUUUGCUUCCAGUAGACAGAAGAUGGCGGAUGCUUCCGGUGGAAAAUCAUAUUGUGUUGAUGAUUUGUCUUCCAAUUCUAGUUCCUACAAAUCUCAUAGGUCUGCAUAUGAGAAUGGAGAAGGAACCGGUAUUGAUUCAAAUACGUCAUAUCCAAAUCAUUCUGUCUCUAAUGAUGUUGCUGUGGCAUCAGCUACUGUGAGAAUGCAACAACUGAAUCUAAGAAAGGAUGAUGAUCAAGAUAAUUGCGCAGUAGUCCUUCCAAAUAAUUUGCAAGAAUUGGCUGCCGAUUGUUCACAUUUGAGUUUUGGCACCUUUAGACUGGCUCAAAGUUCUGCAUUAUCGAGCAAGCCAUCUAAUUCCUUGAAAAAUGACUUGGGAGGAUCUUCUGCAGGAGUAGAUGUUUUCUCAGCCGCUCGCUUGGAUACAAGAAAUUCAGGGUAUAAUCAAGACGAACUUCGUGGAUCCUUAUAUGAUACUAGAAGAGCAGCCAUAGGUUAUGAUUUGCCUGUACCUUUACAGCGAGAACCAAUAAAACAGGAUAUCCUUGAAGCAACCCGUGGAUAUAAAGACAUUACUACCUCAUCUCUACAUAAUUUUAAUUCUGAGAAGAUUGAAAAAGCAACUUCUGGAUUGCCUUUUGCAAAGGCAGAUCCCGAAUUCAGAAAUGUACCUAAAAAUGAUAUGCUGUAUUCAGAUUCUGUACGAAGUGACCUAUUGGAGUCAUUCCAACAGUUUUUGGUAAAGCGACCUGUGCCUUCAAGAUAUAGCAGUGCAGUUUCUUCUGUAACCAACCCAACAAUUUCCACGUCUGACGCUCUGAGACCAGGCACCGUACCUUUGUCUGAGGCAUGUUCUGUGCUUCCUCAGUGUCAUACAUCCCCUUCAUACGCUCAGCCUACCCUUUCUUACGAACAGUUAGCAAACAGUAUGGUCUAUAAACCUUCCAUGCCUCAGGUUCAGAACUACUCGCCUGUGCCACCAAAUUUGCAGCAAGAGUAUGUAGAUGGUAGUGCAUUCCAUCAGUCAGGGGCUAGCAUGGAAUACAACUUCCCACAGUAUAGUGGAGCCUCAGUAAGCAGAUUGCCUACAUCUGCUGCUGCUGCUGCUGUCACUGGUCAUGUAAGUUUUGGGGCCUCUAAUAACACUCACGGGAGUUUAUUGCAUAAUGCAUCUGCCACUCCUGGCAGCAUACCCGACUAUGGUGAUGUAUUCCUCCCUCAGUAUAAAGAUGGAAACCAUUUAGCCGCUCUUUAUCAGAGUUCAAGAACAUUGCCUUCCGUUCCAGACAGUGCAUUUAAUAACUUACUUGGGCAUAAUCAACAGCAUGCAGGAUAUCGACAAGGGCGGGCUGGACAGCUGCCCACCAAGUUGCAGAAUUAUCGGGGACACCCCGAUUUCUAUUUUUCCCAAAAGGACGUAACACAAGAACAUCAGCGACAACGCCUCAAUGAUUUAGGCUUAGGAGGAUUCCAAGACCUGUCACCUCAGCAGCUGCACCAGAUUUGGCAGCGGACCUACUAAUAGAAAGUUUCCCCUUUCUCAUUCUCUUUUUUCAUUUUUUGCUUUUUGACAUGGGCUUGUAGUGAGUUUGGAGUUGCCAAAAUUAGGGUCACUAUAGUUCAGAAUCUACGGCGGUUCUGUGUGGCUGUCCAAUUGUACAUACUCUAAACGGGGAAGUUAUCGUUUUCUUCCUUAUGUCUCAACGUUGUAUCGUAGGAAACUACGUUGGGGCAUGAUCUCUAAAUUCAAUGGGGUAGUCGGCAAGUUUUGUUUCUACUA